AAUUUCAUAAUUAAAACUUUUGAAACAGCAAUAGCAAUUUUUGCAUUGCAUAUGAACUGUCACUAUAACUUGCUUGUUCAGGUGGAGUUUGUCUCUGGCUAUCUUCUUCAGCACAAAUAUGGCAAAGUCUUAGAAAUUGGUAGGCCUGGGUAUCAUGUGACAAAACAAUAUGAUCCAGAGACAAAGCAGAGGUCUCUUCUCUUCCAGGUUGAGUAUCCUGAGAUAGAAGACAAUAUCAAACUGAGGCACCGACUUAUGUCAUCUUAUGAGCAGAGGGUGCAACCUUUCAAUAGAAGAUACCAGUGUCUUCUAUUUGCCGCAGAACCAUAUGAGAUCAUAGCCUUUCAAGGCAGCACUCCCAAGUUCUUCUCACAUUGGGAUUGUGACUUGAAAAUGUUCACGCUGCAGAUGUAUUUCAAAGUCAAACCUCAGACUGCCCCAGUAGCCAAUGUAACAGUAGCUCCUGGUGCCCCUCCUAGACCUUUAGCCCCACCGCUUCAUGCUCCACCACCACCACCUCCUCCACUACAAGGGUUGCCAAAUCCUCCUAGAGCCCCACCUCAAGUUUCUGGCUCCCUAACGCCACCUCCUCUUAUGGGAAAUGGUUCUAGGCCAAUGCCUCAUGGAAGCGUCUGCACCCUGAACUCCUGGAGGUAGAGGCACAAUGGCAAAUUUCACUGCUAGCCCUCUAACAAUUGCUCCUCAAGGUUUCCCUGGUCAACAGAUGCCACCUCCGCUACCUCCUAACAUGGGGCAGUAGGUGUCCAGUCAACCAUCUUUUCAUGGGCAUAUAUCCAUUAAGUAUCAUGCAAAGUGUCAAAGUCCAGGAGCAAAGCUUGUUGUGGUUCAGAGAUGUAAUCAAAUUGUAUGCUGGAU